GUACCUUCAAUUGGUAAACAAAAAUAGCAAAUAUGAAAUCCUUCGUAGCACUUAUUGCGGUUUGCGCCUUUGUGGCUGUCACCUGUGACGAAUUGCAUUAUCCCGAAAAUGUGAACCCUGAGGCGUACACUCAAUUGUUGGGCAACAAGAGGUUGUUGCUUGCCAACUGCGAUUGCAUCUUGGACAAACCUAACGCCCCUAAAACCAAGGAGUGCACCGAAUUAAAGAAGUAUCUUCCCGACGCAAUCGAAACCAAAUGUUCCAAAUGUAACGACAAGCUGACCAAAGCUAUUCAGGAGGUGUUGUGCCACGUGAAACAAAACCACCUGGCUGAAUGUUUUGAUCCUCUUGUCAAAAAAUACGACCCAGAAGGCAAAAGGAGAGGAGAAUUGGAUGAGUUCAUCAAAUGUUAAACAUAUUAUUAGGUAGCACAUCAAAAUUUUACCACUUUGUUAUCCAGUUGAAAAUAAACUAACAGAUGUAUGAUUUUAAA